UUCUUAUCUACUUUACUUUGCUUAAUGACUUGCUGGAUUUUGCUCUGUCUGUCUGUUUAAGGUCUUUGUCAUGCAUUACAAUGAUUUGCCAGAAGAAGAGGAGGACAUCUUUGGAGACAACAUUCAAGAUGAGGAAUAUGUGGAGCCACAAUUAGAUGAGAAUGUUCUUACAUUGGAACAAAAAGUGAAGUUGGAUGAGCUUUACAAGGAAAAUCCAACAUUGACGAGGAGUGACUUAGCGGCUUUGAUUCGGUUGAACCUCUUAUCAUUGCGGGCAGCACUUGAAGGAAGGGAACUCACAUUCUAUGAGAUUAGAGAAGCUCAUGCCCUUGAAAAGGUAAUAUAUUGGGUUCCACCAAGUGAACUAGAAGGUACAUGCAAUUCAACCUUUGAAAUUUAUGAUUUUGAAGAUAUCCAUAUGCCUUGCAUUGAAGAUAUGACUUCUAGUUUGCAUACUCCCUUUCUCAUCGAUGAAUGCUAUGAUUUGAUAUGUGAGUCUCAACGUCUAGACAUUUUAAGAGCAGAAAACGUUUCUAGGGAUUACCAUGAAUUAUGUUUUGAUAUUGAAUAUCAUUGUGCUUUGAAUGUUCAUGAUCUCGAGUUUAAGUUUUCAAUGCCUGAAUUGUCUAGAUCCCUUCUUGAAGAAUCUUACCUAGGAGUUGUGCUUGAUAUUGAUAAGAUUUUGCAUGAGACUGAGAACACCGAGGUAGAUUAUAUGGAUGGAGAUGUUGUGCUAUAUGAGAUUAAUGGGGAUGAAGUUGAUUAUUUUGUUAAAACUUCGUUUAAACCUGAAAUUGACUUUAUUUUCCCAUUAGAACCAACCGGAUCUCAUAAGCUAAAGUAG